GGCCCGACCCAGUAUAAAACCACGCUCUUCCUCGCCUCCAACAAUUCUAGGGUUUCCACUCUGCCGCGCCGCCUCCCCCUACCUCGAGGAACGCUGCUCGCACCAGCACCACCGGCGCCAUGAGUAAGUUGCAGAGCGACGCUCUGAGGGAGGCAAUUGCCUCAGUUACCAAUGACUCCCGUGAAAAGCAGCGCAAGUUUGUCGAAACCAUUGAGCUACAGAUUGGACUGAAGAACUAUGACCCUCAAAAGGACAAGCGUUUCAGUGGUUCUGUUAAGCUGCCUCACAUCCCUCGCCCUAAGAUGAAGGUUUGCAUGCUUGGUGAUGCUCAGCACGUUGAGGAGGCAGGGAGAAUAGGUCUGGACAGUAUGGAUGUGGAAGCCCUCAAGAAGAUGAACAAAAACAAGAAGCUAGUUAAGAAGCUCGCAAAGAAAUACCAUGCUUUCCUUGCAUCUGAGGCCAUCAUUAAGCAAAUUCCUCGUCUUCUUGGACCUGGUCUUAACAAGGCAGGAAAGUUCCCUACUUUGGUGUCUCAUCAGGAAUCCCUUGAAUCCAAGGUUAAUGAGACUAAGGCUACAGUUAAGUUCCAGCUGAAGAAGGUGCUUUGCAUGGGUGUUGCUGUUGGCAACUGCGGCAUGGAUGAGAAGCAAAUCUUCCAGAAUGUGCAAAUGAGCGUCAACUUCCUUGUGUCACUCUUGAAGAAGAAUUGGCAGAAUGUGAGAUGCCUGUACCUGAAGAGCACUAUGGGAAAGGUGUACCGGUUGUUCUAAAUCUUUCUCUUAGGCUUGUAGAAUUUCCAGGAGACUUUACUGGGGGACUUUGCUAUUUUCUCUACCACCAAUUUUUUGUGCAACUAUUGAGGAUUAAGGUGUUAAAUCCCCAUUGUCUUGUGCGAGAUGUUUUCGUUCUUGAUAUCGAACCUAUGGUAAUAUCUUAUUUCAACAUUUUUGUCGCUGCCUAAGCUCAA